AUAGCACAAGCGCUCCAACCUCAGUCUGGUGGUGCUAGCUCGGAUUACCUUUCCCCUCAAACCGUAAAUCGACUACAGCAAGACUUCAUGCAAGGCGGUUGGUCGGCAAACUACAGGUCACUGAUACCGACUGGGUUACAGACGAGUGGUGCCUUCUUCAAUCCGUCAACCAUGGGCUACGGUGGAUUUGCAACUGGCGGAAAUAAUGCAGCACUACAAAGAAAUUUUCCCAUCUACGGAUCAAACAUGACCAACUACUCAAAAUGCUUGUGA